GCCCCGCCCCCGGGGUGUGUCCAACUAGGGCGCCUCCUAAAGGACCGGGCGGGGCGGCCGGAGCGCGUGGGUCUUCAGGUCAGGUCAAGGGGUCGAAGGUGCGGCGCGUGAUCCAGGAUCCAAUUAGGCCAGGAGCAGGAGCAUGGCGUCGUCGGGGUCUGUGCAGCAGCCGCGGCUGGUGCUGCUGAUGCUGUUGCUGGCGGGCGCGGCGCGGGCCAGUCUCUACUUCCGCCCGGGCCAGACUUGCUACAGGCCCCUGCGCGGGGACCAGCUGGCCCAGCUGGGGCGAAGGACCUACCCUCGGCCGCAUGAGUACCUGUCCCCCUCGGAUCUCCCCAAGUCCUGGGACUGGAGAAAUGUGGAUGGUGUCAACUACGUCAGCGUCACCAGGAACCAGCACAUCCCACAGUACUGUGGCUCCUGCUGGGCCCACGGUAGCACCAGUGCCAUGGCAGACCGCAUCAACAUCAAGAGGAAAGGCGCGUGGCCCUCCACCCUGCUUUCAGUGCAGAACGUCAUCGACUGCGGCAAUGCUGGCUCCUGUGAGGGAGGCAACGACCUCCCGGUGUGGGCCUAUGCUCAUAAGCACGGCAUCCCCGAUGAGACCUGCAACAACUACCAGGCCAAAGACCAAGACUGUGACAAGUUUAACCAGUGUGGAACCUGCACCGAAUUCAAGGAGUGUCACACCAUCCAGAAUUACACCCUCUGGAGAGUGGGUGACUAUGGCUCCCUCUCAGGUAGGGAGAAGAUGAUGGCAGAGAUCUACGCCAAUGGUCCCAUCAGCUGCGGGAUAAUGGUAACAGAGAAGAUGGCUAACUAUUCCGGAGGCAUCUAUGCUGAGCAUCAGGACCAGACCUUUAUCAACCACAUCAUCUCCGUGGCUGGCUGGGGUGUUAGCAGUGAUGGGAUUGAGUACUGGAUUGUCCGCAAUUCGUGGGGCGAACCCUGGGGUGAGAGGGGCUGGAUGAGGAUCGUGACCAGCACCUACAAGGGAGGGGUAGGUGCCAGCUACAACCUCGCCAUCGAGGAGGCCUGCACAUAUGGGGACCCCAUUGUUUAAGUAGACGUCUCUAGACGCAACACUGUAACCAUGAUAGGGAUGGGGUGACUAUGGACACUGGACAGCUAGAAGCAGUGCUGUGGACACGAGGACCAGAGUGUGUGGACUGCAGAAGCCAACCCAAGAAGAGAUGUAAGGGGGACCACAUCUCAUCCUGCCUUCAGCCACCUGGAGAAGACAGCAUGGUCAAGAACAGUUCUGAUGUCACGCUGGAAUCCAAGGGAGAGGGAAACAAUUCUAAAUUACUUAAGUGAUGAAUAAAGUGACUGGCUUCCCCCCA